AAAUUCCGAAUAUGCAAACAUGGCGUCUACAACCACAGGCACAAACGCCAAAGUAGACUUUUAUAAGUGUAAUCCACCGACUACCAUGCAGUUUUGUUAUACUUAAUUUCGGUCUUUUUAAACCAUUUUAUUAUUAGAAAUCAUUUUCGAACAUUAUAAUUGAAGCAAACAUUUUUCAAAGUGUGCAACAAAAGUUCGUAACCUGACAGAAGACCAAAGAGGUUGCAAAAAAUUGUUUUCCUGCUGCAAUCAGCAAAUAAAAUUUAAAAAAACUACAAGUAAAAGAAAUUUGUGGUUGAAGCAGAAGCUGUAUUAUGCAAUUCCAAGGAAGGAGUUAGAUAACAGAAAAUGAACAAUAUGAUUUACAACAUUCGCCAACCUCCAGUUUAUCCAACCCAACAACAGUCUUUGGGAAAUGGUGGUGGAGGUGGCGGCAUAGACCAGACUAUUGCUAGUGCAAUGAAGCAAAAUAAUGGGCAUUUAAUGGCAGAGAAGCUUACUAUUGGGCUUGAUCAUGUGCCGCCUUCAUUCAAUCUACGUGAACAGCUGACGGGAGUUGCAGGCGCUAACUUGCAAUAUAUCCGCAAGGAAACUGGAGUGAAUAUAACACUGCGUGGAAUCGGAUCAUUGUUCAUUGAGCCCAAUACUGGAACCGAGUCUCAAGAACCACUUCAUUUCUUUAUCGAACACCAACGUUUGGAAAAUCUCAAUUCGGCCAAACAGCUCGCAAAAAACCUUAUUGAAACCUUGCAACAGGAGUUCCUACAGUUUCAGCAACAGUCGCCAGCAUUACCUCAGAUUAACAUACCACCACCAUCGAUGGUAAAUGUGCCUCCACCCUCGAUAAUUCAAUCGAACGUAGCCCCAACUGCUAAUGCCUCAGCCCCAGCAAACAUUAUUCAUCAGCAAUUCGUGACGCAGGGAGGUAUUCCGAUGCAUUUGCAACAAGGAAACAUGGUUAUUCAGCAGCCACCACAUCAUGCCGCAGGCGGCCAUAAUUUAAGUAUGCCCCCACCUAUGAAACAGAUUGUUCAGUUUCAUCAGCCUCCACCACAAAUCCAAGCCACUGUUCCUUCAUUGCAAGCCACACAGGCGACUUCUCCUAUUAUCCUUAACCAUCAGCCUCAAGCUUCUAUACAGUAUCAGUAUAUUCAGCAGCCUUCAAGGGAUGUCCAAGGAAAUCAACUGACACUGCAACAGGUUUACCAUCAACAGCCGCAACAAAUUCAAGGCAUACAUAUGCAGGCUCUCCCACCUCCCAACCAACUGCAACAACAGCAGCAGUACAUAACUGUUCAAGGAAAUACUGCUUAUAUGGUUCCUCCACCAACGAUAAUCCAACAAGCUCAAGGGCAACCCACUCAGUUGUCAAUAAUACAACAUCCUCCACCUUUGCAUAUGCAGCUUCCGUCUGGUUCGAUCGCUGUCCAAGCUCCCAUCGCAGAAGGAAUGCAACAACAACUUGAGCAGAGUCAACUUAGAACCGAACAACCAUCUUCCGCUGAAAAUGAAGAUUACUCCAUUGAGAAGCAAGAGGAAAUUGAACAACCAUCUACAGCUGAAGAAGACAGUAUUAUAGCUCCUGUUGGAGAAUCUGAAACGUCUCUCGUUCGAUCUCUUACAACAUCAGUCCCACCACCUAUGCGCCAGCCUCCACCUAUGACGCAUAUUCCUCCACCAACAAUAACUAUGUCUGUUCCUCCGCCUAUAAAUGGGGUUCAGCAGCAUAUAGUUGGAAACACUCUCUAUACUACAACAACGACCAAUCAAGUUGGGAGCAUUCAACAGUUUCAGCAGCAAGUUAUACCCUUACAAGCACAGCACCAACAGACGCAGCAGUACAUCCAUACUGCACCAAAUGGACAGAAUUAUGUAAUGAAUACUGCGACAGCUCAAUGGCAAGCAAGAGCCCAGCAGCCAACUCAAUUUGUUACGCAGCAAAUCUCACCUGGUGAUAUUCACACUCUGCCACCACCGGCGGUCUCAAUGAGCAGUAUUCCUGUGUCAGGAGCUUCUGUACAACAGACAACUCCAAUGGCCGUAACAUUCUCGCAGCCAAUGAUGCAGCAACAGCUUCAACUACAGUUCCAGCCCCAAAUGAUGCAACAGGUACAAAUGCAAGCGCAACCUGCAACGCAGCAGUUUAAUAUAAUUCAAACGCAUGCUCCUCCUCCACAAGCGAUGCUUCAACAGCAUCAUCAUCAUCAACAACAGCAGCAAAUGGGAGUCAUAAGUGUGAAUCAAAAUGGCUUACCCUACAGCCAAGCAGCAUCAAAUGCUCCUCCAUCUUUUUUACAACAACAACAGCACCUACAGCAACAACAUUUACAACAACAACAGCUGCAACAACAACAAAGACCUCCACCACCUCCACCACCACCAACGUAUGGCGCGCAAAUGAUGAUUAAAAGCGGUCAGAAAAGGAAGUCAACGAGCGAUCCAACAGACGCUCCUCCACCAAUCCAAGCAAAAUUGGGAGUUGGCUUCCUCAGGGGAUUUUUAUUUGACUAAAGCCAGAACUAUAAUUGUCGGAUCAUCGGAUGAAAACGGAGGGGAACAGCGCUCGCAACCGCACUCGACGGAUGAAAACUUGUCGAAAAUACAAAGAAAACAACAACAAUUUGUAAUGAUGCAUCCUGCAAUGCAUUACAUUUAACCUCUACAACAACAAACUACUCCCAAAACAACUCAUCACCAGCCAACUAAGCAACUACCUACCUCCCAGCAUCAGCAUCACCAGCCGCCGACGCAUGCGACAUACAUACCUUCAUUACCAACCAGCAACAACAACAACCCCAAACGCAUCACCGCUCCCAUGUACCUAGCCAAGCAUAUCCACAUCACUGGUAGCAAAUUAUGAUAACACCCACGCAAUCGUUCAAAGUGCAGUGUGGUGAAUUCAAAAGAGAAUCAACAAAAAGAAUUGUGGUGAACACGAAGAAGACGCAAAAAGGGAAACUACAAAAAUCUAAUGUUCUUCGUGUGGUAAACUGGUACAUCACGCACUGAUGGCAGAACGAAUACCGCACAAAGAAGAAAAGGUAAAAAUAUGAAAUUAUCAUGUGUGGUGAAAAACACAUAGCACGAUAAGCCUGUGGUCAAGUGUUUAUACUAAAGCCAAAUAUGCGUAGCCCGCUACCCGUAACCCCGCCGUGUACCAUAAAACACAAAAUACACAUAUUCUAUGAGCACCUGAUAAAAUAGAAACAUUAUGUGCAAUACAGGGUGCCCUAUAUAUAUAUAAAACAUGUUAUAAAUUUACAUAACAGUUUAUAUUUUAUAUAAAGUUGGUACGGUAAAUAUUAACAUAUAAGACUAUAUCAAAAUGGAAUUCAUAUGAUAUUUUAUCGUUUGUGUGCUUAUAAUUCACACCCACUUUGUGCCAGAUAUAUUGAUAAGAAGGCACCGAAGGGCCAGCAAAAAGCAGGUUGAGAGUGUUAAACUUAAAGCCUAAUACCAUACAAGAUUUCCCCCCACCAGCGGUAAGGGAUCUAAAGUUUAUGUAUAGCCGGUACCAUACCGUAGAUAAACCGAUUUACAGUCGUUGAAAUCCAGAGGAAACUCUGUGAACAACUGGUUAAAAACCGUUGAAAAGCUAAGGGAAACCUUAUAGCUAAACCGAUUAAAAGUCGUUGAAAUCCAGAGGAAACUCUGUGAACAACCGGUUAAAACCGUUGAAAAGCUAAGGGAAACCUUAUAGCUAAACCGAUUAAAAAUCGUUGAAAUCCAGAGGAAACUCUGUGAGCAACCGGUUCACAACCGUUGAAAAGCUAAGGGAAACCUUAAAGCUAAACCGAUUAAAAAUCGUUGAAAUCCAGAGGAAACUCUGUGAGCAACCGGUUUACACCCAUUGAAAAGCUAAGGGAAACCUUAAAGCUAAACCGAUUAAAAAUUAUUGAAAUCCAGAGGAAACUCUGUGAGCAACCGGUUUCAACCGUUGAAAAGCUAAGGGAAACCUUACAGCUAAACCGAUUAAGAGUCGUUGAAGAACCGGUUAGAAACCUUUGAACAACCAGAGGUCACUCUGUUGAAAACUGGUUAGAACCAAGCAGUGCGUUACACGCGAAACCAGGGAAGAAGGACCGCCAAGAGCAGAGACCAGAGUUGCCGCAUUCAACAAAACACCAGAGUUACCGCCGUAAAAGUAAAAUAGUGUUUAUUAUUAAGUUUUAUGAAUAAAUAAAGGAUUAAAAAUAAUAAAUGAUCUCUUAAUAUCGCUGGCUGAGAAUUAUAGGGUUGUAUGUCAACUCACCUUAGUUUUGAGAAAAUCGAUCUCAAAGUUUUUUAAGGCUGGUUUUUGGAUAAAAUUGUUACAUAGCAGUAAAGUAUUGAUGCAAUCUUAUAAAGGACCCUAAAAAAAUCAUAAAACCAUGAAAAAAAAAAUUAAUUUCACCACAAAAAAGGAUUCUAUGAGCAUUUUUAAAAAAUGGCAUAGAACCUUUUUAUGAAAAAAUUUGAAAAAGGUUCUAUGUUCAACAUAGAACCUUAAAGUUAUAAAGAGCUUACAUGUAAUAAAUUCAUUUUAUAUGAAAAAAGUGACUUCAUCGUGAAAUAGGCUUUGAUUUAAUUUAAUUUAAUUCAAGUUUUGCACAAAACAGUCAAAAUCUAUUUUAAAUAACAGAACAAAAUACCACAAAUCACGUUGUUCCAUUUAUAGAAAAAAACAAUUCCUACUUUUGUUGAAUUAGGUACACAGAAAAAAGACAUGCUAAAAACAUUUAGAAUUUGUAGUAAAUCAAUCGGAUUUUUGCAUGCUUUUUUGCCAGAAAUACAGUCGUCUUAAAACAAUCAUCUACGGUACAAAAUUUAUGCCAAAAAGUUUGUUUAAUCUUUUUAUUUUAAUAAGUACAUAAAAUUAAUGAAAAAUAAUUUCAAUCUUAGCAGGUAUCUACACUUAAAUUUUCUUAAGAAGAAAAUUUUUAUUAAAAUGAAGUUCACUUUGAUUUUAAAAAUGUUUAAACAAAUUUUACUUAUUUUUAUUAGAAAUCUUAUUAAUUUAAGAGGAUUGGAUUUUAGAGGAGUAUCAUCUUGAUUCUAAGUUGCUUAUUUGUCUCCAUGUAUAACGUAAGUAAAUUUGCUUCAAGUUAGAAAAAAGUUUUAUUCGAUGAAACUUUUAAUAGAAAUAAACUAAUAUAAUUGUAAAGAUGAAUAACGAAGAGUUCACUACGGUUAGUAGAGUAAAACUUUGGCCUUUGAAAAAAAAAAAAAUACUGAAUUUUCCAAAUACCACUAAAAAUUAGUUAAUUUUUUGUUUUUUUGGGUACUAAGGUGACUUCUUUUAUUUAAAGUUAAGGAAUCUAAGUGUUUCUUUAACUUUUGGUUUAUUAAUACGAACUAUGAAAUUCCCAACCUCGAUUAUGAAUAAAAAAAGUUUUCAAAAAAUCACUUCCAAUUCUUGGCACACAAAGAACAUUAUUUUAAUUUAAUUAUGAUGUAAGAAUAUCUAGGUUAUGAAUUAUUGCAAAAGUUAAGGUUGGAUAGUACAAAUUUUUUGGUUUAAAGAGUACAGAACGAGAUAUAAAAAUUCUUUGCUGCUAAGCAAAAACCCGUCCGCUAACUUGAUAGUCGAUAGUUGAUAGUCAAAAACGACGAAUUAUGGAGCAAAACCGUCGUUUUUGACUGUCAUUUAUUGACUAUCAAGUUAGCCGACUCCAUCCCUGUUGUUCAAUACCAGCAAAAACAUCAAAAGAUCUUUUAUUUUCUUCUUGUUCUAUGUAACUUAAAUCAAUGUAUUUUUUUUGUUUGAAAAAAUCAGUAAAAAGGUUCUAUGUUGCAAUUUGAAUAACAUAGAACCUUAUUAUAUUAAUACAUGUAUGUGAAAUCAUGAAAGUUGUAUGUCUUUUUUACCUGUGCCGUCGCCAUUAAUUUUUUUCUAAUUUUUUUUUAAAUUUUAUCUAAAAGCCGUUGAAAUUACGAAAAUUUUGGUGUAUAAAACUCAUUUUUUGUAUUUUGUAUGAAAUACACCCUUAUAAUUCUCAGCGAUAUGUCAAGGUUCAGUACCUCCCUUGGUUGACCCUGGACCCGACGAGCAUACCUCAGCUAUAAAAUCCAAGGUACAUCACAAAUUGGCGCCCGAGCAGGGACCAUAAGGUCCCUGAACCCGAUAAACCAGAAAGCCGAUACACCAGAAAUCCGAUAUACCAGAACCGAAAUUACUUGAAGCCCGAUACACCAGGAAUCCGAUAAACCAGAAAGCCGAUACACCAGAAAGCCGAUACACCAGAAAUCCGAUAUACCAGAACCGAAAUUACCUGAAGCCCGAUACACCAGGAAUCCGAUAAACCAGAAAGCCUAUACACCAGAAAGCCGAUACACCAGAAAUCCGAUAUACCAGAACCGAAAUUACCUGAAAACCCGAUACACCAGGAAUCCACUAUACCAGAACCGGAACCGAGAAUACCUGAACCCGAAUCUAUAAUACCUGAAAUCACUAACCGAAGCGUACUCACCGAUACCAUAAAACAGAACAACAUCGAUACCAAAAAAACUCAAAAUGACUGAACCCGAAGUACAAGAUAAUUUACUUCCUAGUAUAGGAGCUAUUUACCUCUUAUCAAAGAAGGAGCUCAUCGAGCGAAUGAGUAAAUUAAACAUCAAUACUGAAGGGACAGUAAAUGUACUCCGUAGUAAGUUUAGCACUUACAUGAAAGAAGCCCGACUUCGUAAAUCAGCCGAAAACUUUUUUGAAGAUUUGGAAAGAGUCUUGGAAACGAAAGGUGAUGAAGAAGAAAAACGAAGCAGUCCCGAGAGCGAAAAUGAUGGAAGCAAAGGCGUUGUAGCAAAUCCUGGAGCAGCUACAUCAGCGAGCACUUCCACUCACCCGCUGCCAACACAGCCAUCGAUUAACGAGUUCGACAGUCUUACCCGAGAACCAGGAGUUAGAGAUUGGUACUACCCAGUUCCAAAUUAUGCUCCGCCGAUGUUUUCUGCUAAUGCUGCUACUUUCACCCAACCUCCUGCAGACGUUGAGAGGCUAAGGGGCGAAGCACCCCACAUGUUUUUUUCAAGACCCACAGUAUGUCGUGAAGUCGAUGUCAUGAACACUGUACGUAAAUGGGGAUUAAGAUAUGAUGGGUCAGGCGCGCACGCGAAUUCAUUGAACGAUUAAUCGAACUUAACGAAAGCUAUAAAAUUCGUAAUAACGAAAUUUUGAAAGCACUUUCCGAAAUAUUUAAGGGACCUGCCCUUGAAUGGUUUCGAAUAAAUGGAACUGCUUUUGUCUCGUGGGAUGAAUUCCAAAAAGCUUUCCUAACCUAUUUCCUUCCGACAAGGUUUAUAAAUAAACUGGAAGAUGAAAUAGUUAGGAAAAGUCAAGGCCCUAAAGAGAAAGCUAAAGAUUUUAUAAGAUCGUAUCAAUAUCUUGUGCAUCAACAUCCCAACAUGCGUUUAAAAGGCCAUGUCGACAAAAUAUAUAAAGGGAAACCUUAAAGCUAAACCGAUUAAAAAUUAUUGAAAUCCAGAGGAAACUCUGUGAGCAACCGGUUUCAACCGUUGAAAAGCUAAGGGAAACCUUACAGCUAAACCGAUUAAGAGUCGUUGAAGAACCGGUUAGAAACCUUUGAACAACCAGAGGUCACUCUGUUGAAAACUGGUUAGAACCAAGCAGUGCGUUACACGCGAAACCAGGGAAGAAGGACCGCCAAGAGCAGAGACCAGAGUUGCCGCAUUCAACAAAACACCAGAGUUACCGCCGUAAAAGUAAAAUAGUGUUUAUUAUUAAGUUUUAUGAAUAAAUAAAGGAUUAAAAAUAAUAAAUGAUCUCUUAAUAUCGCUGGCUGAGAAUUAUAGGGUUGUAUGUCAACUCACCUUAGUUUUGAGAAAAUCGAUCUCAAAGUUUUUUAAGGCUGGUUUUUGGAUAAAAUUGUUACAUAGCAGUAAAGUAUUGAUGCAAUCUUAUAAAGGACCCUAAAAAAAUCAUAAAACCAUGAAAAAAAAAAUUAAUUUCACCACAAAAAAGGAUUCUAUGAGCAUUUUUAAAAAAUGGCAUAGAACCUUUUUAUGAAAAAAUUUGAAAAAGGUUCUAUGUUCAACAUAGAACCUUAAAGUUAUAAAGAGCUUACAUGUAAUAAAUUCAUUUUAUAUGAAAAAAGUGACUUCAUCGUGAAAUAGGCUUUGAUUUAAUUUAAUUUAAUUCAAGUUUUGCACAAAACAGUCAAAAUCUAUUUUAAAUAACAGAACAAAAUACCACAAAUCACGUUGUUCCAUUUAUAGAAAAAAACAAUUCCUACUUUUGUUGAAUUAGGUACACAGAAAAAAGACAUGCUAAAAACAUUUAGAAUUUGUAGUAAAUCAAUCGGAUUUUUGCAUGCUUUUUUGCCAGAAAUACAGUCGUCUUAAAACAAUCAUCUACGGUACAAAAUUUAUGCCAAAAAGUUUGUUUAAUCUUUUUAUUUUAAUAAGUACAUAAAAUUAAUGAAAAAUAAUUUCAAUCUUAGCAGGUAUCUACACUUAAAUUUUCUUAAGAAGAAAAUUUUUAUUAAAAUGAAGUUCACUUUGAUUUUAAAAAUGUUUAAACAAAUUUUACUUAUUUUUAUUAGAAAUCUUAUUAAUUUAAGAGGAUUGGAUUUUAGAGGAGUAUCAUCUUGAUUCUAAGUUGCUUAUUUGUCUCCAUGUAUAACGUAAGUAAAUUUGCUUCAAGUUAGAAAAAAGUUUUAUUCGAUGAAACUUUUAAUAGAAAUAAACUAAUAUAAUUGUAAAGAUGAAUAACGAAGAGUUCACUACGGUUAGUAGAGUAAAACUUUGGCCUUUGAAAAAAAAAAAAAUACUGAAUUUUCCAAAUACCACUAAAAAUUAGUUAAUUUUUUGUUUUUUUGGGUACUAAGGUGACUUCUUUUAUUUAAAGUUAAGGAAUCUAAGUGUUUCUUUAACUUUUGGUUUAUUAAUACGAACUAUGAAAUUCCCAACCUCGAUUAUGAAUAAAAAAAGUUUUCAAAAAAUCACUUCCAAUUCUUGGCACACAAAGAACAUUAUUUUAAUUUAAUUAUGAUGUAAGAAUAUCUAGGUUAUGAAUUAUUGCAAAAGUUAAGGUUGGAUAGUACAAAUUUUUUGGUUUAAAGAGUACAGAACGAGAUAUAAAAAUUCUUUGCUGCUAAGCAAAAACCCGUCCGCUAACUUGAUAGUCGAUAGUUGAUAGUCAAAAACGACGAAUUAUGGAGCAAAAUCGUCGUUUUUGACUGUCAUUUAUUGACUAUCAAGUUAGCCGACUCCAUCCCUGUUGUUCAAUACCAGCAAAAACAUCAAAAGAUCUUUUAUUUUCUUCUUGUUCUAUGUAACUUAAAUCAAUGUAUUUUUUUUGUUUGAAAAAAUCAGUAAAAAGGUUCUAUGUUGCAAUUUGAAUAACAUAGAACCUUAUUAUAUUAAUACAUGUAUGUGAAAUCAUGAAAGUUGUAUGUCUUUUUUACCUGUGCCGUCGCCAUUAAUUUUUUUCUAAUUUUUUUUUAAAUUUUAUCUAAAAGCCGUUGAAAUUACGAAAAUUUUGGUGUAUAAAACUCAUUUUUUGUAUUUUGUAUGAAAUACACCCUUAUAAUUCUCAGCGAUAUGUCAAGGUUCAGUACCUCCCUUGGUUGACCCUGGACCCGACGAGCAUACCUCAGCUAUAAAAUCCAAGGUACAUCACAAAUUGGCGCCCGAGCAGGGACCAUAAGGUCCCUGAACCCGAUAAACCAGAAAGCCGAUACACCAGAAAUCCGAUAUACCAGAACCGAAAUUACUUGAAGCCCGAUACACCAGGAAUCCGAUAAACCAGAAAGCCGAUACACCAGAAAGCCGAUACACCAGAAAUCCGAUAUACCAGAACCGAAAUUACCUGAAGCCCGAUACACCAGGAAUCCGAUAAACCAGAAAGCCUAUACACCAGAAAGCCGAUACACCAGAAAUCCGAUAUACCAGAACCGAAAUUACCUGAAAACCCGAUACACCAGGAAUCCACUAUACCAGAACCGGAACCGAGAAUACCUGAACCCGAAUCUAUAAUACCUGAAAUCACUAACCGAAGCGUACUCACCGAUACCAUAAAACAGAACAACAUCGAUACCAAAAAAACUCAAAAUGACUGAACCCGAAGUACAAGAUAAUUUACUUCCUAGUAUAGGAGCUAUUUACCUCUUAUCAAAGAAGGAGCUCAUCGAGCGAAUGAGUAAAUUAAACAUCAAUACUGAAGGGACAGUAAAUGUACUCCGUAGUAAGUUUAGCACUUACAUGAAAGAAGCCCGACUUCGUAAAUCAGCCGAAAACUUUUUUGAAGAUUUGGAAAGAGUCUUGGAAACGAAAGGUGAUGAAGAAGAAAAACGAAGCAGUCCCGAGAGCGAAAAUGAUGGAAGCAAAGGCGUUGUAGCAAAUCCUGGAGCAGCUACAUCAGCGAGCACUUCCACUCACCCGCUGCCAACACAGCCAUCGAUUAACGAGUUCGACAGUCUUACCCGAGAACCAGGAGUUAGAGAUUGGUACUACCCAGUUCCAAAUUAUGCUCCGCCGAUGUUUUCUGCUAAUGCUGCUACUUUCACCCAACCUCCUGCAGACGUUGAGAGGCUAAGGGGCGAAGCACCCCACAUGUUUUUUUCAAGACCCACAGUAUGUCGUGAAGUCGAUGUCAUGAACACUGUACGUAAAUGGGGAUUAAGAUAUGAUGGGUCAGGCGCGCACGCGAAUUCAUUGAACGAUUAAUCGAACUUAACGAAAGCUAUAAAAUUCGUAAUAACGAAAUUUUGAAAGCACUUUCCGAAAUAUUUAAGGGACCUGCCCUUGAAUGGUUUCGAAUAAAUCGAACUGCUUUUGUCUCGUGGGAUGAAUUCCAAAAAGCUUUCCUAACCUAUUUCCUUCCGACAAGGUUUAUAAAUAAACUGGAAGAUGAAAUAGUUAGGAAAAGUCAAGGCCCUAAAGAGAAAGCUAAAGAUUUUAUAAGAUCGUAUCAAUAUCUUGUGCAUCAACAUCCCAACAUGCGUUUAAAAGGCCAUGUCGACAAAAUAUAUGAUCGUUUACGUCCAGAAUAUCAUUUGUAUAUUCGGCGUAAAAAUUUUGAGACUCUUGAAGAACUUUCAGGUCUGGCGGAAGAAUAUGAGUAUAUUCGUAACGAAAACAAGGUCAGCAACCCUGCUAAAGCACCAGAAAAACCGAUAGUCGCCUCGCGAAAUUUUAGAGAGACAGCUUCGUCGCCUGACCAAUAUGACCGCAGAACUCAUUGCUGGAACUGCAAGCAGCGAGGACACAACAAAACUAAUUGUCGACGACCAUUCCGCAUGUUUUGUUCUUAUUGUGGAGAAGAUGGCCGAUUAUCAAAAGAUUGCUCUUGUCACCAGCAAAACCCUCAAGCCUCAAUAAUGGAAAAGAAUCCGGUAAAUAUUGUAUUGAAUGACUCGAAUAGCAAAAACUCACAAGAAAAUGUCCAUAACAGGCCGAUUGCCAUGGAGCUUAUUCCGAUAGAGGUACAAACUAGUGUCGGUCAGACACCCCACACCAUAAAUCAGAAUCACAACAAUUCCGAGUCCCGCCCAUCAAAGGACAUAGCCCAAAAUAAUGAAAUGGAAAAACAAAGCAAUCAGAAAAUUGAAAAUCCACCACAUCCACUCGAAUGUUUAAACGAAGAACCUGAAAACAUCAAUAUCAUCAAUCCAACAACCAGCGCAAAAUCAGUAACACCAUGAACUGACCCGCGAUGUUUCGUAAAAAUAAAAAUAAAUCAGCAAACUAUUACCGCCUUAAUAGACACAGGUGCCACACAAACAUUUAUAGAUACAAACACCAGACAGCUUCUCCGAAAACUUAAAACUCCGGUCAGAUUCCGGAAAGGCGAAAUACAUUUAGCCAAUGGUAAGCCAGUAGCUAUUAAAGAACACUAUGAUGUUUCACUUAAAUUAGCCGACCAGGAAAUAAAAGUAGAAGUUACAUAUUUAAAGGAACUAACCCAUGCUAUCAUAAUAGGGAUGGACGUUCUUCGGAAACUUAACUUCUCAAUGAAAAUAAAUAAUUGUGAACUCGCACUAGAAUCUAAUAAUGUAUCUGAGCGACUUCUGUUAGAAGAACCCCUCUUACUGCCGAACAAGAGAGAAAAUUAGCCGAACUAUUAGAUCGUGAAAUUCCAAAAUUUGAGGAACUACCUAAAAUAACUAAUGCUGCCACUCACCGUAUUCGAUUAAAAACCGACCAGCCUUUCAAACAGCGCUACUAUCCCCGAAACCCAGCAAUGCAAAAGAUUAUCGAUGAAGAAAUAGAUAAUCUUCUAAAAGAAGAUAAAAUCGAACCUUCAAAAAGUCCAUACAGUUCACCGAUUGUACUAGUAAAAAAGAAAAACGGAACAUGGAGAACCAUGGAGAACCAUGGAGAACCUGCGUUGACUAUCGACAGUUGAACGAAGUAUCAAUAAUGGAUGCUUACCCUUUACCCCAAAUUCUAGCUAUACUCGACAAACUCAGGCAAGCAAACUACUAGGGCUGUAAAAGUAACGACAAAAUGAGUACCCGCAUGUAUACGUUACUUUUGAUACUAGUACCCGCAUCAAUAAUAUCGUUACUCGUUACUUUCGUAUGCUUCGUAUUUUUCGUAUAUUUCGUAUGUUUCGUGUGUUUCGUAUGUUUCGCAUGUUUCGUAUGUUUCGUUACUUUCGUUACUUUCGCAUGCUUCGUACGUUUCGUACUUUUCGUAUAUUUCAUGUAUUUCAUACGUUUCGUAUGUUUGGUAUUUUAAGUAUGUUUCGUACGUUGGUAUGGGCGGAAAAAAAAAACCAAAAACGAUUUGUAUAAUCUAAGCUACAUUUUAAGGCCAUAAACAUUAAUUUAAGUUGCUUCGUUCUCAUGUUAUAAGAGUUUGAAGGUAGCUAUACUGAUUUUUUUUCGAUUUUUUUUUUAUCAAACAUGGAAACUUUUUUUUAUUUUUUUCUAUUUUUUCGACAAAACUUUGGUAAUUUUUUGUUUAUAUCCGCUCAGUAAUCUUAUCACAAUUCUUUAGAGAUCUUAAUUUCAAAAGUACAUCGCGCAGAUCUCGGAAUAUUAACACUUCAAUGCAACCAUGUCGGACAAUUUUUCAUUUUUUUUUCUAUUGACAGUGAUUUUCAAACCUCGUUUUCUCGGCCUUUUUUUUAGUUCAAAAUUUUGCACUGAAAAUAAACAAAUUUUUUCAAAAACCAAAACACUUCUGUACAUUCUUAAGCUAUAAUUCAAGACCAUUAACAAAAAGGUCAUAUACACAUUGGUUACGGCAUGGGUAUAUUUCGGCCACAUAGAGAAAAUAUAAAACGUCUCUUUUGAUAUUUGAUAUUGAUCGAUAACUCAACUAUAACUUGGCACUACUGUUUUUAUCGAAACAAAAGUAAACUCCAGCUAAUUAUUAGGAGUUAGCAUUCCGACUACGGUAACGAUAUCGGUACGAGAUGCUAAAUGCGACAAAUUGAGCGUAUCACUUCGUUUCGUAUUUCAUAUAUCGGAUGAUUUAGUAUUGAAAUUGGAAUGGGGUCGUUACUCGUAUGUUUCGUUACUUCAGUACCCAGUAACGAAACAUGCGAGUAACGAUACUGUUUAGAAAGUAACGUUUCGUUACUCGUUACUGAAGCAAAUACCCGCAUUUUAGUAACGAAUACAUACGAUUUGCUACAGCUCUACAAACUACAUCUCUACAAUUGACCUUAAGCAAGGUUAGAAAUAGAAUCCCGCCCAGCUACUGCUUUCACUGUGCCAGGUCGUGGACUAUAUCAAUGGAAAGUAUUGCCAUUUGGUUUAAGCUCAGCCCCAGCAACAUGCCAAAGAAUGUUAGAUAACAUUUUAGGACCAGAUAUAGAUCCACAUGCUUUUGCGUAUCUCGAUGAUAUUAUUAUCAUAAGCAAAACCUUCGACGAACAUCUUGAGCAUCUUCAAGAAGUUUUAAAAAGGCUUCAACAAGCGCACCUACGCAUCAACCAAGAGAAGAGUGAAUUUUGUAAAAAGGAACUCAGAUACUAAGGACACGUCGUCAGUGAUCAAGGCAUCAAAACAGAUCCAGAAAAAGUAAGUGCCGUUAAAAAUUUAAAUGCGCCAAGGAAUGUGCGUGAACUACGUCGCGUACUUGGCAUAGCCUCAUGGUACCGAAGAUUUAUUAAAGAUUUUUCAAUAAUAGCCACUCCUCUAACGAAAUUGUUAAAGAAAAAUCAAAAAUGGAUAUGGGAAACAGAACAAGCAAAUUCUUUUUCCGAAUUAAAAACCAAAUUAACCGAAGCUCCAGUAUUAAUGUGUCCUGACUUUUCAUUACCGUUCACUCUGCAGACAGACGCUAGUAACUACGGUCUGGGAGUCGUUCUUUCACAGAACACCGAGGGACGAGAAAGAGUAAUCGCUUACGCUAGCCGCACACUUACCGAUUUAGAAAAGAAAAUAUGCUACAACCGAAAAAGAAUGCCUAGCCAUUUUAUGGGGCAUUAGGAAAAUGAGGCCUUAUUUAGAAGGUUACCAUUUCACAGUAAUCACCGACCACCAUUCAUUAAAAUGGCUUCAUUGUCUCGAAAAUCCAUCUGGAAGAUUAGCUCGUUGGGCUUUAGAACUUCAGCAAUACGAUUUCGAAAUACAGUACCGAAAAGGAGCUAUAAAUGUUGUCGCCGAUACUUUAUCCCGUGAUCCAUAACCGAUACCAUACGGAGAAAUCCUAGCCAUAAUGGAAGACAUAGGUGAUUGGGUAGAAAAGAAGAUCUAUCAAGUAAAAGAAAAUCCAGCAAAAUACCCUGAUUACCAGUUACGAGAAGGUUCUCUCUUCAGAAAAUUUCCAGCCCAUCCUUUAGCCGAUAAAAGUUUUGAAUGGAAAUUAUGCAUUCCAUUAAAAGAUCGAACAAAAGUUUUAUCUGAAAAUCAUGAUGUAGUUACGGCCGGACACCUAGGAGUAGCCAAAACAGCUGCACGAAUAAUGGAAAAAUACCAUUGGCCCGGAAUGUUUCGUGACAUAGCAAAAUAUGUACAUUUUGUAACGAAUACAAGGUAUCCCAGCAAAAACCAAGUGGGUUAAUGUACUCCAAUAUUGCUGACAUCCCAUGGGAUACAGUUUGUGCUGAAUUUGUUGGUCCUUUACCAAGAUCAAUGAAAGGAAAUACCAUGAUGUUAGUAAUUGUAGAUAAAUUUACUAAAUGGGUAACCGCCGUACCCUUAAGAGCUGCAAGUACAGCUUCACUGAUUAAAACCCUCCGAGAAAAGAUCCUCUUUCAGUUCGGAAUACCAAGAGUAUUUUUGUCAGAUAAUGGUGCACAAUUCACCAGUAACCAAUUUAAAAACUUCUUAGACGAGCUCGGUGUUCAACAAAUUUUUACAGCACCUUAUACACCGCAAGAAAAUCCAACCGAACGUGUAAAUAGAGUUAUAAAAACCAUGAUAGCACAAUACGUGCAAGGGAAUCAUAGAUUCUGGGAUGAAUAUUUGCCCGAAUUAACAUUCGCCAAUAACACCAGCAAGCAUUCCUCGACCGGAUUCACCCCCGCAUACCUCAAUUUUGGAAAAGAGCUUAAAAGACCGAAAGAACCCAUCACUACCCUACCACCCACACAAAUAAUAACAGAAAACAUAUCAAUUAGAAAUGAAAGAAUGCAAGCACUAUAUCAACUAGUCGCAGACAACCUGAAAAGAGCAGCCGAGACGCAAGGGAAGUACUACAACCUACGAAGAAGAGCAUGGCGUCCCUGUAUUGGAGAAUAUGUGUACAAACGAAAAAAAGUACUAUCCUCUGCGGCCAACCAAUUCACCGAAAAAUUAGCUCCAAAAUACGAAGGUCCAUAUGAGGUAAUAAGGCUAGAAUCGCCUGUUAUUACCGUUUUGCGGAAAAUUGGAAUAGACGGGAGAAGGACACAAUUGGUACGCGCUCACGUGAGGUACCUGAAAGGGUAUAAAAGGAACGAUGAGAUUGACAUAUCAAUCAUUAAUAGUUCAGAGGUUAACAGCAUGGCAGCCCCCAACCCAUUUGUGCGCAAGCAGACAACUCCAAACAAACCAGGAACCAGCGGAGCCUCAACCAGCCGAAGAAUAAUCCAGCUACCGGACGACCAGGCCGAAAUAUGAAAACCGCCGAUAACGCCAGCCGAACUUCACCACUGGGGCCAAUCAAGGCAAAGUUGACUUCGGUGGUGGUAAUUCCGGCAUUACCACUAACAACAUCAAAACAAAGACGGCGAGUAGUCGUCCAGCCUCCCGCACCGUCAACAACAGGGGUACAGGUACAGGGUAUUCAAAACCCAGUACCAAACAAUACGCCGCCACCAAGGCAACAGCAGCAGCUGCUGGCAGUCGAAGCUGCCAUGAUGCAACAAAGAAAAAGAGAAAGCAGAAGAACAAUGCCAGAUGAUCCAUUUGCCGGGAUAAUAAUAACUAGCCACCGUUUCUAUAAGGCGUCCCAUAAACGGCAACGGCUUGUUUUCCGGAGGAAGUGGGGCUAACUUGCGCCGAAAAGCGUCGAAUGGUGACGUACUGCCCUGUGCCACCGCAGGAUUAAAAAUUAAAAAACAAAAAAAAAAAAAACAAA